AUGCCGCUCGACACCUCGACGACAUAUCCCCUGACACGGCUGCGCCUUGAUGGCCGCCGCUGGAACGAACUCCGUCUGCUCCAAGCUCAGAUCUCAACCAACCCCGCUAGCUCCGGCUCUUCAUACCUGUCCAUGGGCAACACAUCAAUCAUGUGCUCUGUCCACGGCCCCGCCGAGGGUCGCAGAGGAGAUGGUGGCGGCGGAGCUGCUGGCAGUGGCCACGCAGUUGUGGAAGUAGACGUGAAUGUCGCUGGGUUUGCCGGUGUAGAUCGCAAGCGGAGAGCCGGUGGAAGUGACAGACAAUCAUCGCGAAUCGCUACAACCCUCCGCUCAGCCUUCCAGUCUCACCUCCACACCUACCUCUAUCCUCACAGCACAAUCAGCAUCCAUGUCUCUGUUCUCUCCGCCGAUGGCUCAUUGCUCGCCGCAGCGAUCAACGCCUGUACGCUAGCGCUCGUGGACGCCGGUAUUCCCAUGCCAGGACUACUCUGUGGCUGUACUGCUGGUAUGAGUGGCAGCGCCUCUACACCGCGUGACCCACGACACGACGAACUUGACCCGCUUUUGGAUCUAUCACUUCCAGAAGAACAGGAACUGCCUUCGCUGACUGUUGCAACGACGACGGCUGUGCCUGUCGGCGAGAACAAUAUGGAUGAGGAUGAAGAGGCGAUGAAGUUCCCCAAGGUCCCCAGUCAACAGUCGAUCAUGGAUAUGCACGAGAUGACCAUGUCAACAGCCACGUCGACAGCCUCGGCGGCUAUGGCCAGCAGCACCGGAAUGGACAUGAGCGGAAUGGACAUGGGAAAUAGCUGCAAAAUCUCGAUGCUUUGGAACUGGUACACAGUUGACGCAUGCUUCCUCGCCAACUCAUGGCACAUAAAAUCACGCGGCAUGUUCGCCGGCUCAUGCAUCGGAGUAAUCUGCCUCGUACUGAGUCUUGAACUCCUCCGCCGUCUGGGCCGAGAAUACGACUCGUUUAUUGUGCGUCGAGCCCGUCUUCGAAGACUCUACUUGUCGGGAUCUUCCAACGCCCAAUCUAUCUCCAACGUUCCCCUGCGAAGCGAAGAAGGAGAUGCCAACAAGUCGCCCAGUAAUUGCUGCGGCGGCAAUGUAGACCCCGAUGCUGCGUUCUCUAGUGCAGAAGACGAUGUCAUUACUCCUGUGUCGGGUUCUCUCCAGAAUGGAGAUUCAAAGAAGCGGGCUUCUGUCUCUGCUGCUGUACCGGCUAGUGCUAUGCGAGAUGUCCAGCGCAUCGAGAAACAGGAGGCUAUGCUUGCACCGUAUCGUCCGUCGCUUGUUGAACAUACUGUGCGCUCGCUGAUGCAUAUGGCGCAGUUUGCUGUUGCGUAUAUCAUCAUGCUGCUUGCCAUGUACUUCAAUGGGUAUAUUAUCAUUUGUAUCUUCAUUGGUGCUUUCCUGGGCGCUUUUAUUUUCUCCUGGGAGCCCGUGAACUUGAAUCAGGAGUAA